GUUGCAAAGUAAAGUAUGGUCUACAUUGGACCGCCGUUUUGAAGAAGAAAACAAGCGGGUUUGAACUUCAAUAGGUUUGAUUUCGGCUCUGUUCUAAAAAUGUAUUAAAAUGCUAUUUUCCAACUCGUAUAUAUGUCUACAAUAGAUACGUGUAUGACAUAUUGUUUACUACAAAGUUUGGUUUUGAUUUCUGGAUUAUUAUAAUUACUUUGAGUAGGCUACUGAAUGAGUGUUAUUAAACAAUUGUGAGAUUGCGUCGGUUAAAGUAGAACGUGGCCAAUAGGUCCCAUGUUAAGUCACAGUAUUUGAAUUGAAUAAUACCGUUAAGGAUACGUACAUAGCUACCACCAGCACAAAUGCGUAUCUAUUAUAGCUGGUCGUAAUUAGAAAAUGAAGUUCGGUCAGCUGUUUUCCAGAGUCAAGCGUAUUGAGCCUGCGAGGCUGUUCUCUCUCACUGCCCCCGGUUCCGUUUCUGUUUCCACGGCUUGUCCCGCCAAUGGCCGUAAAAAGAGCAGUCAGUACAGUUCGGUGAACACAGAAAAGUACUCCUCACUCGUAAAAUCCGUAGUGUCGCUAAGAACAAGCUGCCAGACCCCAGCUAGCCUAGAAGAAGAGGAUGGGCAUAUUUACGGUCCCGUGGUUAAAUCAAAACCGGCCAGAAAACGUUUGCCGAAGACCCAGUUCCCGCUGGUGAACCGGAAUUCUGACCGAAUUGACCUGACGCCGGAAGCGGAGCGGGGAUCCCCUGCCCGUUUUGCACUGCAGAGGGGCGCAGGAACCCCGAGCGUGACGCACAUUCUGCGGCAAACCAUACCCCCAGACCAGGCGUUUUACUUGGAGAGGUGGAGGAAGAAUAUGAUCGCACUAUUAGGAGAGGAUGGCUUCAAUGACUACACUUUGCACAUUUUCCGGCAGGGAAAACUGUUCCACUCAGCCCUGGAGACCCUUCUCUUGCCGGAGAAAGUUUCCGCAGAGCCUACGGAGUCUUCGGAAGCCGUGGAAGGCUACUUGGAGAGCAUUCAGCAUGUGUUGCGUCACAUCGGCGAUGUUCGGGCCGUUGAGAGUGCGGUCCGGCAUCAGCCCUUACUCUACCAGGGCCUGGUGGACUGUGUGGCCCAGUUCAGAGGUAAACUGUGUGUGAUUGACUGGAAGACCUCAGAGAAACCCAAGCCAUCCCUUCGCAGCACGUUUGACAACCCUUUACAAGUUGCUGCUUAUAUCGGCGCCAUAAACAAUGACGACAAUUACAAGUACCAGGUGGAGAGAGGUUUGAUUGUUGUAGCGUACAAAGAUGGAUCGCCUGCUCACCCACACUUCAUGACCUCUGAACUCUGUCAGGAGUACUGGACAAAAUGGCUUCUCAGGCUAGAGGAGUUUGUGGAGAGGCAGCCCACUGCCUCAACGCAGUGAGAUGGGUUUCUCUCAGGGAGCAGUUUUCUUGCUGUUAUUUAGUCCAAGAAAAGCUCUCCUGGACCUGCUUGUGGUGUAUAAGCUGUUUGAACAGAAUUUUCUUUUAUUAAUAAAAAAAUCCAACAAA